GAAUGGUAUCCAUCACCAAAUGAUCUAUAUGAUAAAUGCUACUUUCAAUAUAACAAUGAUCCUUUCGUCGUUCCAUGUGACUUUGUCUUAGAUAAUUUCAAUUGCACAAAUGAUGCAACAAGUCUAAAUGACUGUACGUACACGCCAUUAUUUCAACAUCAUUGCACAAAUGAUAUACAUGUCGGAAUUGGAUGUGGAGGAACUUAUGAGCCUCCUACAACCACGGUCACAGCA